UCUGACUCAACACGUUCCUGGUUCAGCAGGUCAGUGCGCGGACUGGAGGCGGCACGGGACGCACACGGCUCUGCUUCUGGGUGCUCGCGAACUUCCUGUUUUUCGGAGAAAACUGGAGAAAAUGGCAGCCAUGUACCGGUCGGCCUCCCUGGGAAACAAAGAGCUGGCGGCUGUGUAUGAAGCUGGAGGAGACGAGGACAGCGUGGGCGAGGAGUGCGACGUGGACUCGGAGAGCAGCGAGGAGGGGAAAGGCGGCAGAGGCGUGCGCAGCUCUCUGUCCCUGGAGAUCUACGGCCUGCACCGGGAGCAGCAGGUGUUCUUCUCCAACCAGGAGUACUACCGGAGGCUGGAGGAGCUGAAGAGCACCCACCUGAGGAACGUCAACAAGGCCUCCUGCCCGAAGACGCCGGCGAGGGCCUCGCGGGUCCGCGGCGCCAUGGUUACCGUGCCGCAGCCCUUCCGGAUGACGCUGCGGGAGGAGGAGCGGAGGAGGCGGCGGGUGCGCACGCGGUCGGAGGUGGAGCUGGAGAACUCGCUGCUGCGGCGCGAGCUGGAGGAGCUGCGCGAGUGCCGCAAGCAGUUCAGGGCCACGCCGGCCCCCCCGCACACCCGCCUGCCGCUGUACGGGCGGGGGGGCGGCGGUGGCGGGCGGAGGGGCUCGCCGCAGCCCUUCAGCUUCCUGGAGAGGGAGAGGAGGAAGAAGGAGGCCAAGAUGGCCGCCGAGCUGGGCGCCCGGGGCCAGAGGGAGGAGCGCCAGGCCUUCAGGGCCCGGGCGGCGCCCGGCGGGCCGGGGGCCGUCGCCCGGCAACGGGCCGCCCGCCACCAGCACCCCCCCCAGCAACACCCGGCCCGCCCCCCCCCCCUCCGGGAGGCCACGGAGGGCCAGAGCGAGCAGAGCUCCGACCCGGAGCAGUCGGACUCCUCCUCAAACUCCUCCUCUAGCUCCCACCGGGCGGUGAGGAGGCAGAUAGAGCUGUCCAUCGAGAUGGUCAAGGAAAGGAAGGGACCUCCGCUGACACGCUGGGGGGGGCACAGCCUCUCAGCGUGUGAGAGCUGUUCCCCACCAUGGAGGUUGAGGAAGCCUCCAGACCCACCUCAUCGGACCCAGCUGCAGACAUUUCACUCCCAUCCCCCCCUCCUCACCUGGACCCUGUUCCUGCUUGUGGUCCUGGGGAUAGUGGGGGUGGUCUGGAGGAACAAAAUCAUCAGAUCCAUCGCUCUCAAAGGCCAAGCCGCCAUGUAUGGCGAGUGGGUGGUUCAAUGA